AUGAGAGUUCGAGUACUUAUGUUAUAUGCAACCUGCAUUCUUUUUGGAUUGCUUCUUAUUGCAUCCAACACUGCAUCAGCCUUCAUGGUGGCUCCACAAGGUUACCAAUCUGAUCAAGCCCUCAUGGUCUACAAGAUGCCAAGGCGUCACUCUACGAAAUUCAAAGUCUUUGCUGAAUGUCGUCGGGAUUGUGCUGGAAAAUGCAACCAUAGUCUUUAUGCCUACUUAGCCAACAAGAAUGAAUGCUUCACGUGUCUUCUGGAAUGUAUGUCGGUGUUCACCGAACAAGCCGAGAAAAUGGGGAUUCGAGUGGAUUCUGAUAAGUCGAAGAGAAGGGCACGGAGAGUGACAGAAUUUAGUCCACCAAUGUCAACAGACAAUAAAAAGACUGUCAGAAACCCUCUUCGAGGCUACAUGCGAUCAGCGCAGAAGUAA